AUGGAUGAACAUGGAAUGAAAAAAAUUUGCUUUGAUUUAGAAGAUCGCCCACCGUUAUCGUACUGGGAAAAAUGGAAUACAAAAAGUAUUGUGUCGGCGUCGGUAUCCAGUCUUCCGCAGCAGAACAUUGAUGAACGACAUCAAAAAAUCAGGCCAGAAGAUUGGAUCAAAGCACCAGAAUUUGUACCGCGAUCAAAGCAGUUACUUACCCAAAGUUUCUAUGUGGAACCUCAAUAUGCACCUGAAUCGUCAAGCAAAAGCUAUUUUGAUCCAUCGUAUUCUUACAGCAACAUAUGUGCCGCUGUCGGAUCUGCAGAUACCCUAGCUGGAAGCCGUCCAACAGUAUCGGCCUACCAACCACAACUUGACUUCAAUCCUUUUAACAGUAACAGUUUAUCACUUAUAUCAACGCAAAAACCUUACAAUGUGCAAUCCUUAGAAGAGGACCUGUCAGUGUUUGGUAUUGGAGGAUCAUGCCCAGAUCUAUUCGAUUUACUGAGGAAUACAAACGAGCAGUGGGGCAACCUGGAAAGCACACAAACUGGGACCGUUAAGACUCCAUCGUCUUCAAAUGCGAACAAUUUUGUGGAGUUACAGGGUACUACAGGCGCUCUUGUGCAACAAACAAGUGACCAUCAAAUUCAAAAACAUCGCAUUGCAGUUCAAAGUCGGAAUUAUAAAGCACCAGCAAAGGCAUGCGUGCAAAUGGCAACUUUUAAUCCCGAAUAUAACACAACAUCAAGUAAGAUCGUUUCGAACAAAAACAAGGAGGGUUUUGUACAAGACUGCUUUGAAGGUGUUAACGUAAGGCUCAAUAAUUUUGAUAACUGUGAGGAACUGACCUUAUCUGAUACAGAGGAGGUGUCACCGCCGCGGCUGAAACAAUUCCCAUGGUUUUUAGACAAGACCUUUGGCCAGUACACAAGUUUAAAUCGUCCUGAAAGAGUUUGCUGCGAUAUUAUGUAG